CAAAAGCAUGGCGACACGGCUAGCAACGCAACGCAAUUUUAUUACCGUAAUACCCGCAACUACCGGUAGCCCAACGGCAGCUUCCGUUACAAUCGAACAAUCCGACAAAGGUGUUGCAGUAGUACCAAAAAGCACCACCGAACCCGGUGAUAGCGACAACACCACCAACGGUAGUAGACAGUUGGAGGUGGCAACAGUGAGUGUUUCGGGCUCGGCCAUUGGCAUGGCGUCUCGACCCUCCAGUUCCUCCCAAUUACCCACAAUCGCCAUCUCUGGCGGUUUAAAGAAUGGAAGCGCAAAAGGAACACUCAUGUCCACCAACCUACUGACGAAUAAUUCCAACAUCAUGAAUCUUCUCGGCAGUGCGAAUGGACUUUCGCUGCAGCAAAUCAUUCAGCAGCAGAAAAAAAUUGUGAUAAAUACGAACGGAACCCUGAUCGAUAUAGUUCCCUUAAACGAUGAUAGCGAAAAUGCUGAGGCAAAGCCGGAGAAUGAGAAGCUGCUGGAUGGUUCGGGCACAAACGAAAGCGUUGAGAGUGGCAAUUCAUCGGAAGCUACUGUUGAGGAGACGACACAGGUGGCGGUCGUGCAGAGUCAAAGUCCUGGCAGCGGUACACCACAGUACAUAACUGUAACAGUUUCGUCGCCCGAGAGUGUUCCCAACCAUCACACGUACGUGCAGUAUGUCGACUCGGAAAUGUACAACACUUCUGGCCAGGGACAGUCACAAAUGACGUAUCCCGUGUAUUCCGUGGGAGAUUAUACCACAAAUGGACAGCAGCAACAGCAGCAGCAACAACAAUAUUAUGCUACGACAGCAGGCAACUACGGUACAGCGGGAACAGGCACCGGUACCACUCAUGCCGAUGCCAGCGGUGCAGGCAAUGGUACCGGCAAUGGUUCGGUCACGCCGGGGACUGGACCCAACAGUGUGAACGCGAACGGGACCGUAUCGUCCGGCAAUGGCGGUUCCGCUGGUGGCAACGCUAAUCAGCAGCAGUUCAUUGUCCCCGUGGACGAGGCGGUCCUGCUCGGUACCGGCAACGCAUCCGGGACGCAACAGCAGCAGUCCGAUGCGUCACCACAAAACAUGACGGACGUAGCGUCCUACUUGCACGCACACCAUGCAGCGUCGGCGGUAGGUCAGGAGCUUGAUUCCACGCCCAACCUGACCCACGCGGCUCGUGUUCUGCCCGCCACGGUUAACUGGCUGAUGGAAAACUACGAAACGGCGGAUGGCGUAAGCUUGCCGAGAUCGACCCUGUACAACCACUACAUGUGGCACUGCAACGAGAACAAGCUGGACGCGGUCAAUGCGGCCAGCUUCGGCAAACUGAUCCGUUCGGUGUUCAGCGGGCUGCGGACGCGUCGGCUGGGUACGCGGGGCAACAGCAAGUACCACUACUACGGCAUCCGCAUUAAGCCCACGUCUCCGCUGGUGCAUGCGAUCGAGUGCAAACCACAGCACGGGUCCGGCGUUGGUGGGCUGAUGGUUGGCCACCAUCAGCAGCUGACCGGCAGUAAUGGGCUUAGUGUUGGUGGUGGCGGAGGAAAUGGUGGUGGAGGUACGGGUGGGACAAACAACGGGAUGCAUGGUCAUGGUGGUGGUGGGAACCAUGCGAACGGUGGUAUACAUGCUAGCAACGUUGGAGGUUCCAUGGCCCAUGGUGGUGGCGGUGCUGGUGGAGGACAUUUGCAACAUGGUGCUGGUGGAACCGGCAAUAGUGGAGGAGGAGGAGGCACUGGGCAUGGUAUGUCGAUGCAUCAUGGGCGAAGCGGAAAGAAGAACAGUUUCAAGGCGGAAAUGCCCGAAUCCUGCGCCCAGUAUCUCGGUGAUCCAAACGGUGCCAUACCGCAGUUUCCGAUCAUUGACAUGAUCCAUCCACUGCCGGACGAUAUUACGAUGGAGGACGUGGACACGUUGCGCUCGAUCUAUCGCGAACACUGCGAGGCGUUUCUAGACGCGAUACUAAACCUGGACUUCAACAUGAUCGAAUCGCUGUGGCGCGAGUUUUGGCGCGCGGAGAACAACAACAACAACGGGGACGAAUGUGAGGAGGAGAAGUAUCUCAGCAAGCAGAAGCUCUACCUACUGACGCAGUGCGAACCGGUGCAGGAGUUUGUGAAGCACGUCGACAUGCAGUUCUACCAGAGUAUGGUGGAUGUGCUGAUACCGGACGUGCUGCGACCGAUCCCGACCGGUCUGACCCAGGCCAUUCGCAACUUUGCGAAAAACCUGGAGAACUGGCUAACGUCGGCGAUGGGCGGCUGCCCGGAACCGAUCGUCGCGAUCAAGCUAACCGCGGUGGCCGCAUUCGGACAAACGCUGCGCCGCUACACCUCUCUUAACCACCUGGCCCAGGCGGCGCGUGCCGUACUGCAGAACGGCACCCAGAUCGCGCAGAUGCUGAGCGAUCUGAACCGCGUCGAUUUUCGCAACGUGCAGGAGCAGGCCUCCUGGAUUUGUCAGUGCGAUACCGCGAUCGUUCAGCGACUGGAGAACGACUUCAAGGCGGCACUGCAGCAACAGAACACGCUCGAGCAGUGGGCCGGCUGGCUGCAGAACGUGGUCGACGAUGCGCUGCAGGAUUACCGGGGCAAACCGAGCUUCGUCAAUGCCGCGCGCCAGUUCCUGCUCAAAUGGAGCUUCUACAGCUCGAUGGUGAUCCGCGAUCUGACGCUACGGUCGGCGGGCAGCUUUGGCAGCUUUCAUCUGAUACGCCUGCUGUACGAUGAGUACAUGUUCUUCAUCAUCGAGCAUAAGGUGGCGAAAGCGACCAACACUACACCGAUUGCUGUUAUGGGUGAGAAAAUAAACUCCCGUCCCGUGCAAGACGAUCUGGAUCGAAUGCUCUACAACAGCGAGUACGGUAUGGUGAACGUCAAGCUCGAGCCGAACGCAAAACGGAUGCGCAGUUAGUCAAUUAAAGAUGCAACCUUAGCUGCUGUGCUGUAACGCCCCCGAAUUGGCACCGAUUAAAGCAUUCCUUUUUAACGCUAUAAACCACGAAGAAGGUGACAAAAACGCUGUCUGCACUCCUGCUGUGCUUUGCAUUUAGUGCACACAACACCCGUUUGUAACCUAGCCUAGCUUACCCGUACCGCUACUUAAAACACACCGGACGUACAACAAUCUGCCUGUGCGCCCUCUGCCAAUACGGUUUCACGUGCCGGGAAAGCACGAAAGACGCGUCCCGACAAGACCAUGUCGUGGAUGUCCCCGUUAUGUUUUACAUUUUCAGGUCAUUCCGUGUUUGAUUUCGGUUGCGAUUUAAGGGGAAAUAGGUGCAGUGCCAUUGUUGCAGCGCACAUGUACAUGUGUAUGCGUGUGGUUACAUUCUUAAGCAUCCGUUAAGGUUAGGAUACGAUAAAGCACUAGUAUGUUUUAGUUAUUUCGAUGGAGAUACAAUUAUUUAUUCUUUGUUUAAGUUUAUUCAAUAAGUUUCAGAUACCGAAAAGUAACGUUCUGUUCCAUCCUGUUUGGUUAAGUUUAUUACACAUUUACCAAGCACAAAUAAGGGCGGGAGCAAAAGAUAGAAAGAAGAAAGUUGCUAGUGGUAGUGGUACGUGGCGAAGGUGGAUAUUUAUUACUAAAAAGUAACGGUUAGCAAAAAGUAAUCGAGAAACUUUGCCGGCUUUUGUGAGGUAGAAUUGAUCGGAAGCCAGUCAUUGUUAAUCCAGACCUAGCAUGUACGUUAUUUUCUGCCAUACACCACCGCGUAACGAAGAUUCUUGCGUGUUAGUAUAAAGAAAACCCGAUGUCCCGCUGUAGUUGCGAAAGAGAAACCGACACAAACAGAUGGAGCAGAAAAGGAUAUUGUUGAACGAUUUUUAAAUGUUUCGACAACAUUGAACCAGCACGCCCGUGUGGUUAGUUGUGAGUGCGGUUUGAAAGAGAAUAUAUAUUUAUUGAAUUGUGGACUUUCUGCCUCUCGGUUACAAUUUAUUUGUGGGUGCAGCUUGUUGGAAGGUGCACAAAAAAUGAGGAAAAGCGACAAGACCGGCGAGCAUAAUUGGUAAUGGAAACGAUAAACGUGUACCACACACGUGGGAGGUGCGUGAGAUUCAACUUGUACCGAUUAUUAAAAAUGUAUGUGCCUGUAUCGUGAUCAACAGAAACAAAAAAAAACACACACACACAGAACAGAAACAAUUGUAGCAUAUAGCGCGAAACUGCAACAUUUAUACAUAUAUGAAAGCACGUAGUAUAUCGGCGAGCGCGUGCGUGGCCGUGAAUGUGUAACGUGUAAGCAGAAUUUAAUUAACGUGUUGAACCUGCUGCCGUCGUACGGCAAAUGAAGAAAUUUUAAACGUACGGUAACCAUUACAAUUUGCAUGUACGGGCACAGAAAGCCGCCAACGAAUAAUGGCCAUUUGAAGUAAAACAAAAAUAUAGAAAGGAAACGCCCAGUACUGUCGCGUGGUUUGUAAUGUAUUGUUUAGAGAAGAACACGCUUUAACCCUGUGAGCCGAGAAGUUUGUUUGGUAGUUUGUUUUUUUUUUUUUUAAAUUUGCGAUUCUGGUGCACCACGCACGUGUAUCAACCGGCGGCACACGAUGCACACCAAUCCAGAAUCAACGCUAUCUAGUCGCGAAUGUCACCAAAUACUGAAGGGAGAGUAAUGAUGGGAAGAAAGCACCGCCAAUGCCGGUGUAACAGACAAAGACGAGUCAUAGAUGUGUAAGCAUAAAUUACCAAAAAAGGGAAAGGUGGAAAAAAGGAACAACAAAAUGCUCGAACAGUUUGUGUGCAUAUUGCUGGUGGAAAUAUAGCAAAGAAACAUUGUGCAAUUAUUUUUCGAUCCCUGCAAUUCAAUACAAGGGACGUACAACAACAACACACACUCACGCAGUACGGCGAUCAGAUCUAAUGAAGUACAACAUAAAGCGGGCGAGAUGAUUGUGAACAAAUCGUAUAAAACUAAGCAAAUUGCACAUCAAAAACAAAAGCAUAGAAGUUUACGAAACAGACUGCACACACACACACACUAACCUAAACCUUUCGUUGC